CAGGCCGAGCCCAGCUGUUCUUCGAUCCCCUAACCUACGCCAGUUUAUUUCAGCUACCAACAACACGCUACGUGGUCCCAAACGCGUUUCUCUUUUACCACGCGCAGUGUCUUUUAUCCGGCGAUCUUACUUCCGCUUUCGAUCGACCUUCCCGAUUCGUCGCACGGUACGAAAUAAAAUGAAAAAUGCGAGUGAGAAAUGAUAAGAAUAAGGCGAAGAUUGUGAAUUCGUAAGUGAACCUCAUCGGUAUUGGAACCUCCACGGUACUUCCGGUGACUCGUCUCUCCCCACUGUGCAUCCGGGCUUACCAUUGAAAACGUGCGUGUCCCUUCGCGGACCAUCUCGUUAUCUGCCUUUCGAGGAACCUUUGAACCGUGUUCCCUUUGAUUCGUUCGAGCGAGAAAAUAACGAAUCGAUCGUGAUAUCGCGCGUUUAAGUGGUGAACGUCAUUGUUUCGUACCAAAGACGAGUGCUACGACUGUUCUCGAUGUACUGCGGAGUUUUUAAUGGGGAUUCUUUGGGAAGAUGUCAAGGGAAGAUUUGGAAGAGAGGAGAUUCCGAAGUAUGUUUGAACUCGAGCGACUUUUAUCAUAGGAAAAGUGUAAUAUGAAAAAUGAGAGUUCCACGAGGGUGGUGAAUUUUGAAGAGACUCGCUGGGAAUUUUAUUCCAGGUAAAUCUACCGAUCAAAGAGACAAAAUUUAUUCAUUUAUAAUAGUCAGGAGUUUGAUAGAGGAUUGGAAGAUUUUUGGAGAAAUUUAUCCUCGGUUGAUUUCUUGAGAAUCGAGAAACAUUGGCCGGGAGAUCAACCGUGACAGACGGAGGGAAAUAGAUUUUCCUUCUUUAUCUAUGGUCGCAAAAGGCGCGUCCGGUCAAUUUGCGAAACGAAUGGCAAAACGUGGGCCGCGAACUAGCGACGUAUAACUAUAAAUGGAACUUGUAGUGGUACAGCGUCGAUGGUGUGUCGCAAAGAAAAUUCAAAUGAGAAUCAAUGCAAUCUAAAACAAAUUUACCAAUACAUAUAGAAAUUGAACGUACAGAAAAAAAAAUAAAGAAUUUUUAGAAACUCACAGACGUCUAGAUCGAUUCUCCCAUAACGGAAGCUCGAUUUUCUUCGAAUUAUCGAUUACUCCCUGACAAAGACUCGGCGGAAUCGAAUGACGCACGCCGAUACACGCUCGGUUCCGCGAAGCGUAUCGCGAAAUCGUUCCUCGUUCCGAACGCGUCCGUCUACGAGGCGCCUUCGAGCCUCAAGAAAUAGUUCCUUCGACGCAUUCCAGAAAUUCUCGAAAGGUCAGCGUACCAAUUAAGCGUCUUGUUUCGAGUACUGUGCAACAAGUACACGACACCGGUAGUUCGAGUCGUAGGAUAAAAAUCAGGGGGAAAGAGGUCGGUUAUCGAGGGUGGCGGCGAAGAGAUGGGUCGCUGAAAUGCCAGAGGGACAUUUUGAAAAUCUUUGCUGCGACGCAUGCGCGCCGGCACGGCGCGGCGCACUCGACGCCCGAUGGAGCGCGAUGGAGCUGCCCCACGGUGGAUGAAGAAAGGGUCGAAACCCUGAAAAGAGGCUUUCCGACGCGACACCGUGUGCGUCGAGCGUGGAUGCGGCGUGUCGCGAUCGAGAGAAUAUCAAAUCGAUUGAAUUCUCGAAAUAAUGCCGGGAGAAAAGGUGAAACAAACCACGUCGACGGGUAGAGAGGUAUCCCCGGUGAAGACGAGCGAGUUGGAGACGAGGAAUCGAGCCGGCUCGAUGAUUCCUCUCCCCAGAGCGAUGCAACUCGCCUCGCAGAAUCCGAAAACCGUGAAAACCGAGAAGAAUCGAAUGAGAUUGAUCAUGGAAAAUAAAGGACAAGUUGACGGAGCGGAGAAAGAACGAAGGAUCAACGAGGAGGAUGACUCUGGCACGAGAUAUUGCGACUUAUCCCACAACGUGUAUCGAUGUCCUGUGCGAAAGGAGGACACUGAAGAGUGCCAGAAAAGAGCAGAAAGAUUCUCAGACGAGUGUCGCGUGUCUCACGAUUCGGCGAUAGGCGUCAGCGUGGAAGGUGCCGGCUCGUGGAGGGCCCAGAGGCGCCCUCACGGCAUCGAGCUACCUACGCCCCUGGCCAGCGUCGCGGCGCACGAGCUGGAGUCGUCGGCGGACGGCGCAGCGUUCAACCCCGUCGUCGCAGCGGCGACGACGUCCGCGAGAUGCUCGUUGGUGAAAAACUCGCUGAAACCAGCUUCGUCCUCUUCAACAUCUCUGCCUGUCAAUGCCGUCAACUUCAGGCCAAGGUUGUACCUCGGCACUGUGAUCGCUGAGACCAGCAAAGAGGAUGCUAUGGAGCCGGAAGUCAAGGAGGAGGACGAACGAAGGUCGUCCACGCCAAGUCCAGAGAUUUAUACAAGAAGAAACAAACGCUACAAUGAGGGUGGAAGUAGCGAGGAAGACAACAAGCCAGACACAUCCGUGCAGAGCCACAGAUUACCGUCCUCAUAUCGAGGAACUUGGCCCAUCAGAAGAGACGUAUGGGCCAAUCAACAAAUGGGCUUUUCCCCCCAACAAAGCACGUCAACUACUGUACAUAAUGACGUAGCCAGCGUGAUGAGCUUCUCCUCGAAUUCUGGCACGGCUCUCGGCUGCUCCUCGGAGAUGCAAGGCGAUCGAAGACUAGGAGCGAAGGUGGACGUGGUGUACAACUUGUUAGGCAUGCUAGGUAGCACGGAAGGCAGAGAGGAUAUGAGCGCGACUCUCCUUUCCAUGAGCAAUUCUAUAGACAACUGUCUGAUUAUGAGGCAAUCAGGGUGUCUGCCUCUGUUGGUCCAACUGAUUCACGCGCCAGGACAGGAUCCAGAGACGAGGGAAAAAGCAUCGAGAGCUUUGCACAACAUCGUUCAUGCUAAAAGCGACGAAAGAGCUGGACGCAGGGAGGCGAGGGUUCUCCGGUUUUUGGAACAGUUGAGGGACUACUGUCAAGCUCUGAGGACAUCGUUGGAAACAGGACAGGUUCCUGACGAUCUGGAGAGGCAUCCCGGACCAACGAUAGCCGCGUUAAUGAAGCUCUCCUUCGACGAGGCUCAUCGUCACGCCAUGUGCCAGCUAGGUGGACUGCACGCGGUCGCGGAGCUCAUCGAGAUGGACCACAUGGCUCACGGUAGCGAAUGCGACGAUCAAAAUUGUAUCACCCUCCGCAGGUACGCCGGAAUGGCGUUAACGAACCUCACUUUCGGAGACGGGAACAACAAAGCGUUGCUCUGUUCCUUUCGGGAGUUCAUGAAGGCGUUGGUCUCUCAGCUGAGGAGUCCCAGUGACGAUCUCAGACAAGUGACCGCGAGCGUUUUGAGGAAUCUGUCCUGGAGAGCCGAUAGUAGCAGCAAGCAAACGUUGAGGGAAGUUGGAGCCGUGACUGGGCUAAUGAAAGCCGCGAUGGAGGGCAGGAAGGAAUCGACCCUCAAGUCGAUACUUUCUGCGCUCUGGAAUCUCUCGGCGCAUUGUAGUACGAACAAAGUGGACAUCUGCGCUGUGGACGGCGCGCUCGCGUUUCUCGUCGACAUGCUGAGCUAUAAAGCACCAUCUAAGACUUUAGCCAUCGUCGAAAACGCCGGAGGUAUACUGAGGAACGUGUCCAGCCACAUCGCAGUCAGGGAGGAUUAUAGGGCUAUCGUGAGGGAGAGGGGCUGUCUGCAAGUUCUACUGCAGCAGUUACGUUCACCUAGUUUGACCGUCGUCAGUAAUGCUUGCGGAGCACUGUGGAACCUCUCUGCCCGGUGUCCGCAGGAUCAGCGACUGCUCUGGGAUCUGGGCGCGGUCCCCAUGCUUCGCAGUCUGAUCCACUCAAAGCACAAAAUGAUCUCUAUGGGCUCGAGCGCAGCCUUGAAGAAUUUGCUAAGCGCCAGGCCAGGUUGUAACAAUCUCGUCCACCUAGAUUCAACGGCAAGAGGACUGGGCCUUCCGACUUUGCCCACCUUGGUCGCACGCAGACAGAGGGCUCUGGAACAAGAGAUAGAUCAAAACUUGGCCGAGACUUGUGACAAUAUCGAACCGAGCACGUCCCCGACGAACAAAGACGACAAGUUCUCCUUCAAAGUAGAUCACAGCUUCUUAGGCAUCAAUACACGCACCCUGCGCUCCUAUCAGCUGCACAACCAGCCCAGUACCUCCAGCAUUAAAUGCAACGGUGUCGCCAGAAGCGAAAGCAGAGACUCUAUGCGCUCCAUAACGAGUACUCACUCCGACACCAUGUUCGAGAGGGUGAAUCGUCACGUCCUGAACGGAUUGUCCCCCACGGAGGUUCAGAUCAAGCAGCAGUCUUCGUCGUUGCACGCCGCGGUUGGUUUCGACGCCGGGAUGUCCAAAGAAGGACAUAAGGUCUCUUCUGAGAAAAAGUACACUCUGCGUUACAAAAAUGCCAUUCCGGAUCGUCUGAAGUCCUCGGACGGAUUCAAUGGCCUGGGUGACCUUAGAUGCACAAACUCAACCAUUUCUUGGUCCUCGGCACCGGACCAGGAAUCUGCUUGCUCUCAGAAUCUGUUGCACUCCUCGGUGGAAGACAAUUUGCCUCAGGGUAUUUCGUUGAAAGGUGGCAGCCAGUCCAGUAUCCCUGAUGAAACUGAACUGAACGUUUGCACAAAAGCAGAAUAUUCGACUACUAAGACGGUCAUCGACACCUCGUCCACGCUGUCCUUCGUUGGCACUAGCUCUUCAGUCAAAGAUGGAUUUGGUAACGUGCUUCAUCAACACAACUCGUUGAACACCAUACAAAAAGCUAUUUCCCCGACUGUUAGCCACCGAACAGAGGGGAAUCUGUUCAGCGACUACGCUGUUACCGAUCUGGAUCAACCCACCGAUUACAGUUUGCGUUACGCUGAGCGUAGCUUGGAGGAUGAAGAGAAACAACAUUCGCAUUAUUUCCCAAACGCGGAGCAGGAGCUGAUUCACGAGGACACAUUGAAGACUUAUUACACCGAGGGAACGCCUCAUGGCACGUCUUUGAAUUGUUCCAGAGCAGCCUCUGCCUCGGAUCUGCAGGAUGAGAGUCGACAGAGGAACUCGAAGAAAUUGCAAGAACGAAAUAAGUUGCAAGAAAAGGAUCCAUUGAAAUUUCAGAGUACGGUGAAAAAGGGUGCUAAAAGAAGUCAGGGAUUGCAUUAUUUUGAAGGGAAUGUUAAGGAUAAUAAUAUUGAAGAGAAUGCUCAUUCGUCUACAAAUGGUCCAGUAAGUUUGAGGAUUACACUUUCGCAAGUAUCCCCAGGUAAUUUACAGUACCAUGAUGAUGAUGAUGAUAAGUACAAAGCAUCCAACUCAACAACUCUAAUUAAAUCAGUCACAGAAGAGAAAUAUGAAACUAAAAAUGUUAUAUUUGAAAAGAAUGAAAAAUGUGAGCAAAAUUUUCCUGAAAACGGAGUUAAUUCUUACGUGAUCAGUACACUGAAGGCUUCUAAUGAUUCAGGAUGUAAGGAAUUUGAACUAAAAGGAGAUACGCGUAAUAUGCCUUGCACAUUAAAUAUAAACACCUCUUCCGAAUGUUUAGAUCAAGUCAGUGAUGGGGAUGAGGACGAUGAAGAUCUGCUUACAGCUUGCAUUAAUAUUGGAAUGCAAAAUAACAGACACAGGCAUUCGUUCAUAGGAAAUAAUUUUGAGAAGGUUCCACGAAAUGAGAGCACUUUAACCAGGUACCAAACAAGCAUAGCACUCGAUCAGAUGGAGUGCAACUCAUCAGUCGAUUCUACCAUGAACAGUCUUGAUAUGAAACAAGUGGAAUCUGAAGAAAUAACAGAUUCAGAUAUUUGUAAAAAUCAAAUGAUGGAUAAUUCAGCAAAUGUAAAUAUUGAAUCUGAUUAUAACCAAAGUACAACGAAAUUUAUGCAAAAGAUAGUGGAACACGAAAUCUCGCUGAAAGAAACGAAUAAAGUUUUACAGAAUGAAUUGGAUAAAGGGAGUUCAAUAAUGGACGACGAUAAUCUGUGUAACUUCUCUUUACCCUCGAAUCUGAGAAACAGUCCAGAACUACAGGAAACGAUAGUUUUCAAUACUGAACCGAAUCAACAGCAAUAUUUGUCCGGUAUAGAUACUCAGUCUAACGAAGAUAUAUCAUCUCUGGUUCACAAUGAUCUCCUCGACGAUGCUAUCAACUGGGACAACGAGAAAGCAUCAGAAAUAAAGGACAAAGUUACAGAGAACUUGUCCAUGCAACAGUCUUACACAAAAGUAACAGAUUCUGAAAGCAGCGAAUCCAUCGAUUCCGUGGAACAAUCUGAACACGCGCUUUUAGAAUUGUGCAUACAGUCUGGACCAACGAAGACCAUUGACAACAUUCAAAACAGCACGAUGAAAUCCAAUACGGUCAAUGAAUUUAGACAGAAACGGCAUAACGAUUCGGAUGAGGAUAGUAAAAUAUACAACGACAUCUGUGAAGUGGAUGGUAUUAAAAAAGAAGAAAUUGGCACAAAGCACAAAACGUCACAGAGAAAUGGAGAUACGAUGAAGUACGUUGAAAAAGAAGAAGUGUAUCGUCGUCAGCGAGAUCCCGAUGCCAUGAUCGCCUCGCUGGAUCGGUUAACAGCGACCCUGGUGCAACAAACGGAAGCGAUACGAGAACGGGACUCGAGUGCAAUGAAACAGAGCAUAAUAAGCGAUACAUGGAACGAAGAUUCUCCUAAUGAGAUUUCUUUUCCGAGUAUCAGCAUCAGCGCUCCCAUCAUAGCCUCGUUCAAGAGCGACGUACCAGAGGAACAAGGUACGAUCACCUCCGAAUGCGUAGAGACGGUUAGCAGCGAGAGUGGACACAUGACUAACUCGAAGAUCAUUCAGAGAGAGGCAAUCAAAUUGGCGGAAGCGGUUGACGCGGAAAUGAACAGGCAAAACGAAUUCGACACGACCAGUAUGACGUCCAUGGAUUUGGAAGCGAUCAAGCCUCCAUCCUCCAUGGGUAGCUUGUUGUCUUUGACGGCCAGUUACGCUGGUUCAGGUGACUGCAGCGAAUCGUUCGUUAAUCGAGACAGGUGCAAUUCAACGUCCCUUCCUCCACUCCAGGUGAAGAGCGUGUCCUCCACAGACUCUCGAGGUUGUCGCAAGAAGUCCCUUCCCCUUGGUGUCGUAGCCAAGCGAGCUCUUAAUCAAACUCAGAGUCACACAGGGAGCUUGGAGAAUCUGUUGAACGAAUGCACUGGCUCCCACUUGGAGAGCGUCAAACCACCUUCGAUGAUGGACGAGUUACCAGACGUCGGUGACAUGGAGAACAGCAUGCUGAGCGUCGCUAGUAUCACGUCGGAAAUUGCAGAGAUUAAAGAUCAUUAUUUGCACAGUCUAACCGGAAGCGACGUUGUGUUCGACUUGUUGAAACCCGUUGCGAACGUGCUGUCCAUGACCUGCAUGCGUUACGCCGAAGCUAUGCAGAACAGCGGGAACAACAGCCUGAGCGAGUGUUUGGAGAACAUCAACCCUCCUUCUUUGUUCAACGAAGUCUGCGAAAUGGACGAAUCGACGGUGGAGCAGGCGACUGAAACGAUCUGCAGCGAUACCUUGUGCAUCGACGUGGAUUUGCACACGGAAGAAGCUCCGCAUCCGAUCGUAGAAAGGAUCGACGAAGUGGGCAACGACACUGACGAGGCUGUUACUCCUAUCUCGUCAGAGUAUUGCGGCACUAGCUCGGCCGAAUCUACGCCCAGGAAACGGGCGCACAGAAACCUGACACCGAAGCAGAAACGAAAUUUGGCCAAGGAGAGGUACAAGACGUACACCAUAGCAGCUGAGAUGGAUAAGAAGGAGAAAGAAGCAGAGCGACGAGAGAACGCAAAGGGUGAAGUGAGUAGAGUCCCACGUGGAAAGUGUUCACCUUUUUCCAAGCUGACGCCUAAGCAACGUAGACAGGAAGACAGAGCCAGGUUCCAGACGCAGGUACUAGAAAAUCCUUUUCCUGACUUCAACCAAGAUCAGAACCCUCAGCAAGAAAUUGAUAGUACUCGUGGUCAGGAGAACGCUGAGAAAUUAGAAUCACCAUCCCCUGUUAAAUCCUCUAUUCCCACAUUUUCCAAAGUUCCCACCUGUAAAACGUUGAUCAAAAACCGCAUGGAGCAGAAGAAGAACAGGGAAAGGUAUCGCACAAGAACCUUGAACGACUCAGAGUGUAUUUUCAGAGAGGGAGAGAACGGUGUCGCAUCAGGUACUAUGGAAGAAAGAGUAUCCGACUCACCGCGUAACAUUCAAUCCGAUGAAAUCCAAACCAUGUUAGAACAGAACGCCACCAUUGUACUGAAUACUUUGAACGAAUCGAAUAAGGCGGACGAGAACGGUGAGGAUGGGUUACUGGAUUGCGAGACUAUAAGUUUAGUGUCCAAUGAAUCAGAGUCGGAACGAAAUCUGCGAAUGAAAUUCGUCAAUGGUGUUUCCAAGAAACUGAUAGGCUCUUGUGCACAGCAGAUGGAAAACGUACCAGAACCAGAGUGUGAAAUUGAAACAGCCAGGUCACAGGAGGACAUCAGGUAUCCCGACGCGGUAGAAAGCGAAAGCGACGACGAAUCGAAUAACACGGAGGAACCACCUAGAGAAACAAAGAGGCCGCGAAUAAUCAAGCCAGGAAUGGUAAGGGAUCUCAGCAACGAUUCGAACGCCACGGACAAGUCAGACCCAGAGAGUCCAAAGGCUAUUCGUGGCAGAAGGAAAGCUCUGUACUCGAACCCAAUAACCCGAAAGCCAACGCCACAAUCAUCUCCGUUAAAACAAGUGAACCCUGUCAGUGGGAUACCCAUAGGGCGCAGCAACACUUCCCCCAUCGUCAGAGCUACCAGAGCCACCACGCUCAGACAAAACAACAACAACCCAAACGUCGCAACGAAAGAGACUGCCAAGUCAAACACGAGUACUAAAAUACCUCCUAGUUCAACGGACGCAGAGAAGAGAACGAAAAUCUUAUCAGUAGCUGCGAAGAGGGCGUCGGUUCCUCAGAAAGGAUCCUCACUGACCUUCACAAAGUCUGUGAAAAGACAUAGCACACCUCCAACGUGUUCUCCCUCCAACUAUCAACAAGAGAGCAAACCGGACCUUCCUGUUAAACCCCUAGAAAGACAGGGUACAUUUACCAAAGACGAACCAGAAGUGGAGAACGCCCCCACGGUGGUCUCUACAUCCUCCUCACCCAUAAAAACGAAGAUCGCGAAACCGAUUAGAGGUGCCACCUCUAAGGUACAUCCGGCGGUAAGCAAACCUAAGAUCGCACCGAAGACUCAUCAAGCGCACCAGUCGAAAGUGACGAAGGGAGCUGCUUCAGAGAAGAUGCAGUCUUCCAAAGCGUUGCCGUUGAUGGUGGCUCCUAAACGAUUGCCCACAGGUAAGGUAACCACGACCUCGAAAAUUCCGGCUGGCAACCAAAACCUCGGCCAGAUCGAAAGUGGUAAAAUCUUUCGGAAAGUCAGUCCUCUGGGGCAGAGGUCGAACAGCAAUUCCAGUAUCGUGUCCAAUUCGUCGACAGGUGCGCAGACGAGGAAACUGGCCAAGGAGGCGACCAGUAAAAUAGCGAGUCUCUGGAAGAAAGUAGAGGAAAGUAAGAACAAGCAACGGUUCGAGAAACCGGACACCAGGCAAUGGGUGCAACCUGGCAAUUGUGCCAACGGCGUGGACGGUCCUUCCCCGGUCGGUAAUCCACCAGCUUUCAGAUUGUUCCGCAGUUCGACGUUCGAGGGAGUGCCCCAAGAGAACGAUCACCCGGAAUCGAAUUUAUACAAGUCGAAGUUGAAGAGACCUUUGGUUAUCGGCGUGCAACCCAGUAAAACUAAGUACAGAAAUUCGUGUGACCUGAGUGGAAUGAAUGCGAACGAUGCUCCCUGCAAGAUACCCGUCAAGUCUAGCGAACCCUCCACGUACAAAAAGGACACGGCAGAAGUAGAGGACGCCUCGGUUAUUUUACGGAAACCGCACGCUGAGUCUUCCACAGCGGAUGCGGUGGAUCCUACGAAACGUAUAUCGCGCCUAGGUUCCUUCAUAAGAGUAGAUUCGGCAAAUGGCGCAGAUGGCGCUGCACAAACGCACGCAAAUGGCGGCAAUGUUCGUACACCCGCAUCCGCUAUCGUACCUCCCUUCAAUUACAAUCCGAAACAGGAUAUUCCUUCUUCGCAGGCAAGCAAAGUGACGUCCGACGAUAGCGAAGGAAAAUUUCGAAUGACGGAUUGUCACAGCGACAUCGUCACUGCUUCUACGAGAGUGACGACAGUAUAGGAGGAGCCUGUUAUUAAAUAACAAGUUUUCGUUCAUAGUAUCGCUUCUUUGUUUCAGGCUAGUCAUUGUAUAUUUGCUUUAUUAUGCUGUGUGUCAACACACGCGGCACUUCAUCGCGACAACUCAAUAAGUAAGUUGAAAAAAAGGUAUUCAUGUUUUGGUUGAACUUUUCUUCGAGGGCCCAAAAAUUAUGGCUUUUUCUUUUUAUCUUCUUGAAGUAUUUAACGAGUAGAAUCUAAAAAUCCAAGUUUUAAGGCGCGGAAUCCACCGAGUCAGAAGUUAUGCGUGUGUAAGACUGAGCGUUUUUAGCGUAUUUGACAAGUUAUUUCGACGCCAAAUUGACUCUUCCCCGCAUUCAAUCCUAUGCUGGCCGCCAGCUGGACUCUAUUCGUUGGGUGUAAGUACCAUCAGUUCCUAUCAAAUCUGAGGAGAUAUUGUUCAUGAAAAAAAAAAAAAAAAUAACCUGAGGUAUACCGGGUUUAGGUAGCCACUUAUGUACAUAAUUCUGUUUUACCGACGGCGACUCCACUCAUUGGUCGACAUCAGGCUACGAGCCAAUAUGGCGUCGAAGUGACUUUUCAAAUACGCUAAAAACACUUAGUUUUAUACAUGCAUAACUUCUGAACUGGUGGAUUCCGCACCUUAAAACUUGGAUUUUUAGAUUCCACUCGUUAAAUACUUCAAGGAGAUAAAAAACAAGGCAAUAAUUUUUGGGCCCCUGAAGAAAAGUUCAGCCCAUAUUUUUCCUGGUCGUUUAAAUGACACUGAAAUAUUGUGUUUCGAUGAUUUUUUAGACUCUUCGUAUGUGGAAGAAUGGUCAUUCAGGUGUAUUUCUUGGUUGCAUGCGUUGUGAUGCAAGUUUUUAAUAUGUACGGAUAAAGUGUGAGAUAGUCGUCGAAGAUCAAUGAUAUAUCAUUCCUAUUCACUUUACGUAUUGUAUAUACAUUAUUAUUGAGAAAUUCCAUCAUUACGAGGACAUUUAAAAUCGGUAGUAAGUAGUAGUAAUUAUGCUCGAUUAUUUAUUCAACUUUGUAUAUAUAUUCAACGUGAAUGAAGAAUGUAGAAAGGUUUAGCGAAUACGUAUUACGACUCAUGGUGUAUAUCGCAGAAGAUAAAACAAAAAUGAGUGUCGCUGUACAUCUUCGUAAUUAGAUAAAUUCGCAAGGGAUAAGAUCUGUAUUUUGUUUCAACCAUAACUGAUUUGUAUUCUCUUAAUGAAUACAAAGUCUAAUUACUUUUAAAGACUGAUAGAAACAUGAUGAUGAUGAUUCGGACAAAACUUGGACAUCUUCAACGCAAACAGAAUGUUACGAUAAUUGCGGUAGCGAUGUUUAUAUCAAUGUAGCGGUCUAAGUAACGCUAGACUGGCAUUACGUGAAGAGAACAAAAUUUUGUAAAUCCUUUACUUUAAGUUUCUAGUCUAUUUGAAAAAUCUACAGUUGAAAUAGCUUCUAUUUUGGUCAUAUGUGUAAUAACAUAAAAAAAUCAAUUUGCAUGUAAUAAGCGUCUACUGAUUCGACUGGUUACCCUUUCUAAAAUACAUGUAGGUACAAUUACGAGUGUGUACGGAUCAAUUAUGUAUUUGUAGAUCGAAAAAUUGAAAAUAUUGGCAUUGCAUUGGUCAAUUUUAUUUUUAUGCGUUUAUUUUUUCUUUAGUUUCAUUUAAAAAAAAAAAAAAAAAAAAAAAAAA